CAAUUUUCUUCCUCUCCUCUAAGCAGAAACACGCGUUUUCCAUCUCCUCAGAAGCGAAUCACGACGAUUCACGAACAAACAAGUGCCCAACAAAAAAAAAAAUUGCGAUUCAUCCCAUCUCCUCUCCUCUCCUCUAUCAGCCGGUCAUGAUCAUUCCAUCUCCUCUCCAUUCUUAGCCUGUCAGCCCAUGCCCAUCUCCUCUCUUCUUCUCUCUCAGUCUCAGGCUAACGUGUAUAAAUCUAUAAAAUGCUUUCUGGCGUGAAAUUCAUUCCCCGUGACCAGGUACAAGAUGAGGACUUGGAUAGGGAUUCUGUCUCCAAAGAAAGAAAGAAAUCAGAUAGUAGGAGGAAAAAAGAUAAGAGGAAAGGGAAGAGCUCGAGGAAUAUAUCUUCUGAUGAGGAUGAUCACCUUGAUAAGAUAAAAAAAGGCUCUAGAAAGAAGAAGUGGUAUUCGUCUGAUGAAAAUUCUUCAUUUUAUACCACCGAAAGUGAAAGCGACCGGGAUGAUAAGAAACGAAGGCGGAAGGGAAAAAAGAAAAGGGAUGGACUGUCAAGGAGUGGUAAAAAGGAAUAUACAUCGGAGGAAGACUCUUCUUCUUCAGAUGGCAGUGAUGGUUCUUUGGGUCGCCAAGGGAAGCGCGAAAAGUCACGUACUAAAGAUGGGAGUAGAGAUAACAAGAUCAAAGGUGAAGUUAACGACGUUGCGAGAAAAGAAAUGGGAUUGGAUUGGAUGCUUAGGUCUGAAAGUAAGAGGUCAGCUGUUUCAGAAACAAAGGAGAUAUUGCCAGAGGACGUUCCGGUUGAGGAGUCAAAGAAGGCAAAUCCUAAGGAAUUGAAUCCUUAUCUAAAGGAUGAUGGAAGUGGUUACCCAGAAGAAAGGGAUGGAGUUAACAAUGGUGCAAGCAAACUUCUAUCGUCCUCCCUUGUUGGGGAUGGAGGAGCCAGUUGGAGACUUAAAGCUUUAAAGCGUGCACAAGAGCAAGCAGCUCGAGAAGGACGAAGCUGCCAAGAGGUUGUGGGAGAAAGGUGGGGUUCUCUUGGUGAGUUGACUGCAUCCGUUGCAUCUAAAGCAGCUGCCCCAGCUCGGGCUCAUCUACAUGCUAUAAGAAGCAGACAAAGAGGGGUAACUGAAGAAAAUUCACCAGAUUCUGAUAAGCCUAUCCAACGGGAUUCUAAAAGGGACUACAUAAAAAAUACUCCUCGGCACCGUGAAAUGAAAGCGCCUAAAGUGCAAGAUUCAUUAUCUUGGAGAAAGCGCAAAAGCCAGUUUGCUGUAGCUGAGGGUGCCGAGAUCAUCGCUGCUGCAGCAUCUAGCUUAAAUAAAUUUGCUAAUGAUGGAAGCUUUAUGCGUGAGUUAGUUAGCAAGGAGAGUGGUAACUCCGAUGGCUCUGUUUUGGAAAGUUUUGAAGCGGAAAAGGUUUCUCCAGAUGUAGACAUACGUGGUGAAAGAAAAGCAGCAAUACAGAAUAACAUGAGUGCAAACCAGUUGGCAGCUAAGGCUAUGCAACUUCGUUUGAAAGGAAAAAAUGAAGAAGCUGAUAGACUAAUGGAAGAAGCAAGGGUUUUGAACACAAAGCAGGGAAAUGAAGAUCAUGAAAUUAGAUCAAGAACUGAGGGAAGUUCUAGUUCUAGAAGGUAUGCUAUGCAGAGGAUAUCUUCUGAACAGAAGAAAGGAGAGGAUGAUGCUGAUAUGCAUCUUGCUCGCAAUAUAAUGCAGAACAAGCAGUUUAAGGUUUAUACUCAGGCGGAUGAUGAAUAUGACUUUGAGGUUGGUCCAAGCAAAAAGAGUAGAAAGAAGCAAGGAGGUGAAGACCCCAAGAAUAUCCAAAAAAAGAUGAAUGCAAAUCGGUUCUUGACCCAGAAAGAACGUUGCCUCUUUUGUCUAGAGAAUCCAAAUCGGCCUAUGCAUCUUGUUGUGUCCAUUGCAAAUUUCACAUAUCUUAUGUUGCCACAGUGGCAGCCUGUCGUGCCUGGUCAUUGCUGUAUUUUACCCAUUCACCAUGAAUCAGCUACAAGAACGGUGGAUGAUAAUGUGUGGGGAGAAAUCCGAAAUUUCAAAAAAUGUCUUAUUAUGAUGUUUGCAAAGCAAGAUAAAGAAGUAGUGUUUCUUGAAACUGUGAUGGGAUUGGCGCAGCAACGGAGGCAUUGCAUGGUUGAGUGCAUUCCUGUACCCAAAGAUAUUGCUAAAGAGGCUCCUUUAUACUUUAAGAAGGCAAUUGAUGAAGCAGAAGAUGAGUGGAGCCAGCACAAUGCCAAAAGACUCAUUGAUACGAGUCAAAAGGGUUUACGCAACUCAAUUCCCAAGGACUUUCCUUAUUUUCAUGUAGAAUUUGGUCUAAACAAAGGUUUUGUCCAUGUUAUUGAUGAUGAAAAGGAGUUUAAGAGUAGUCUCGGGUUGAAUGUCAUUAGAGGCAUGCUGCAUUUGGCUGAGGAAGACAUGUAUAGACGUCAAAGGUACGAGAAAGUGGAGGUGCAAAAGCAAGCUGUUGCUAGCUUUUCCAAAGACUGGGAUCAUUUUGACUGGACAAAGCAGCUAAAUGAAACAUCUUAGCAACGCAUACAGAUUUGACUACAUUGACUUUUUUCAAAUUAAUCUUUAUAGUCUCAUAGAAACAAAUUAUGUAUUGAAACACCAAUUGCCAAGAGAUGCUAGUUUCUCCACAUGUAAUGCAACAAUAUAACUUGUUGAUGCUCGGGCUUUAUGAGAAUCAUAGGAACAUCCAAAAUCAGCAUAUUCUACCAAUGAAAUAGUUGCUAUGUAAUAGGAUACAUAACACUUUACGUUUAGAUUAUGUCUAUAGAAGAUUUGAAAUUGAAACUAUUGUUCGAUAGUGCAGUAUUUAUACGACUGGGAAUCUAAAAAGUUCCAUUCAAUGA